AUGAUUCCUAUCACUUUGUGUUUUCUUGCUAUCGUACGACUAUGUACUGCGACUGUUGUUGUAGAGCUUUACCAAUAUAAUUCGUCAAAUCCAACGAAAAUUAAUAAUGUGGAGGAUGGCUCAAAACUUUACAUUGCUGCCUCAGACAAGGCUGUCAUCUUAAGCAGAAUCACAUUAUCAUCGAAUGGGAUUACUACAACCUUGCAACAAAUUCUGAAUAAUUUUGAUGACGAUGGUUACAGCACUGGGUUACCGGUUAACAGUGAUAUCACAAUUGCAACUACCAAUACUCAAGAUGUAACUGAAAACUUGAGUGGAAUACUAUUCAUCUCAAAUCCAGCUAUGGCAAAGGAUCCCAACUUUUUGGUUUAUGUAGUGUCCGAUCAAGUUAAAACUAUCGACCGAUCAGCUAACAAUGAAACAACGCUUGUUCUUUUGAAUAAGCGAGUAGAGCCAGAUCAGAACUAUAAGCCAUUUUAUAACUCAAGAUUAGACAGUUUCGUACAGCCAGCGACGUCAACUUUCUUUAUGUAUCGUGGAGUACCUGGAGAUGGGUACAGUGAUCCAACCUAUCAAGAGACUACUAAGAGAAUGAUUUUUCGAAACCCAGUAAGGAUGAUUCCAUCUGUGAAAACGCCAGACACCAUAUUCAUCAAUAAUAUUGAACCAAUCCAAUUCUCACUGCGUUCCUUUUAUGUUCGAGCCCUGGGCAGUAUCAAAUUCAACAUAUCUCAAGAGUGGAAUGAUAUGACAACUUAUCAGACCACAAGCGAAACGACAACUGGAUAUACUAUGAGUCAGCGUGUCAGUGAUAACGCCACUAUCAACUUCAAUAACACUCCUAAUCAUGAUGGCAUUUCUGGAUUCAUGAUCACCACAUCAGAUAUGAGUUCCAAUAUGACUGUGACUAGUUGCAAUGGCAUAGAUUGCAAAGUUGAAGUAUUCUCCAAAGAUAUGCCAGUUUAUGCUGACUUUUUCCAAAACUAUCGAAACGACACUGUCAUGUACAUGGAUCAUGCGAAAACCGAUUUUGGAUUCUACUACUUGCAAUACUACCGAAUAGAAGGAAAUGUGAGCUCUCCGACUACAGUAACUUCAACAACAGUACAAACUCCAGAAACCACAACAAAGUCAUCUCUUCAACUUUUGAAUUUCACCUUUAUCUUAAUUGUAUUCUUCGAGUUUUUGCUAGUAUAA